AUGGAGCUCAGGCAAUGGGUGGAGAGCCGAUAUCGACACCCUGUUGUGGUGGUGUUGGCCAGUCGAACCGCAGACGAAGCGGCCCGGCGAAAUGGAAUGGAUUUAAUUAACAUGAUUCGCCCUUUUGCCGUGUAUGAUGGGGAUCUUUUCGCCCGUCUUACAGAUCGUGCAGAUGCCACUCUUGUGCGUAACUUUGGAGUGCGCUUGACUCGGGCCCAAUGCGUACGUGAGGUGGGAGAAACGACUCUCUUACAUCAUCUUCGUGACCUGCUCUGUGGUCAGUCGGAAGUGGAACUGGCACUUGGAGAGCAACUUGAUCGAGCACUGCAAUGUUUAAUGAAGAAAGGAGGUGGUGUAUUAACUGACACUCGAGUGUCAGCAGAACUCGGGUCGACUCUGUUGGAGCGGUCACAUCCCGAUUGGCACCGACAGUUCGUUCAGAAUUACGUCUAUUCGGUGCGUUGUAGCCACUUUGAUACAACCGAUCACCCAGUGGGGUUUAUUUAUGCGGCCAGUACAAACGCGUCAGGGGGAGUGGAGGGUAUUUUGAAGGAAUUUAAUGAGUUAAAGAGGGGACAGGAAAUUGGAGAGAUUUGGCGUAACAUGCCUUGUAUGGAGGAGGAAAUGCAUAGUCAUUUCUUGCUGUUGCAUGAUGUGACUGAAGGCCCUGGUAUGGACGAAGUCAAUCGGAUGUUUGCUGCUGUGCAGUCAAGCUUGGGACACGCGAACUGUGCGCUUGUCAAGCUAAAUUCCAUUAGCAACCCACAAAAUGUGAAAAAUAUGGACCCGUCAGUAUGGACCGAUGCAAAUCCAUCCUUCAUGGAUGUUCCCUCUGAUACAGCGUGCCGCGCCGUUCGUUAUUCGCAGCAGCUUGAAAGCCGCAGCGGCUCACCUGCGAGUGCAGGUGGUGGUGGCGAUAGCGCCAGUAGUCGUGUUGCUGCAGAGCCAUUGCUCUUCCCACGCGUUCAAGCAAUGUUUGGCAAGUGGCCCGAUGGCACGGCGAAAGUGACUGGUUGUUACUUGAGUCCUGAAAAUGUAAGGGACUUGCGUGCCGUUAUGCAUCACUAUCUUUCACAGUGUCUUUUUACUUUCAUUGAGCGGAAGCUACGUUCUCUCAACACAACAGUGAAUGAGAGGCGGACGACAACUCUUGGAAAGAUGGCAGCAUGGUUUCGAAACAAGAAUGAGGUUAAUAAAUCAAAAACAGAGAGUUGGGUGGCCGCACGUGGCAACUCUCGUGCGAUGUAUCUUGCAGGAUCACUGGAGAUGCAGAUGCGUCGGGCGGCAGAUCUCUCACUUGCGUUGGCGGAUUAUGAUGCAGCGGCAAAUUUCUACCGUCUCUGUCGUGCAGAAGCACUUGCUACUGUCGAAACGAGGGCAUUUAACAAACCGCUGAUUGCAGCAGCCCAGGAAGGUAUCGGUAUAUGUCAUUUUCUUCAGGGGCGGCUGCUGCCUUCGAGCCUAACGCCGUGGAGGGCUGGCGGAACAUCCUCAAAAAACAACAGUGAUUGCCGAUUAGAGGUUGCAAUGAACGAUUAUGAUGCGUGUGAAAUGAAUGUGUAUUCCCUGCGGGUGGCAUUACUCUUAUACGAGUUCUGUCGGACGCGAACGCCACCCUUGGUGGACCGUACGACAGCGCUGUUGCUUCAUGUCCAACAUCGCGGUAUGGUCGGUCGUAGCAAGCUCCAGAUUGCCGUUUUACAAGAAUUGCUGGCGGCUAAUGCACUCUUCUUAAAUCCACCGCAAUGUGCAGGAAUGAGAAUAAAAGCAUCUUUGCCUAAUAAUUUUCCUGUGCAUGCACACGUGCGUACCUACAUGAAAUACUGUAUCGCUGCUGGAGACGCGUACUGCAGCGAAGAUAUGUUUCAAAGUGCCCUACGCUGCUACCUGCGUGCAUUAUUUGUGUAUGGUAGCGUCGGGCGCUGCGGAAGCUGGCCGCACAUCUGUGAGCAUCUCUUCAUGGGGCUCUCUCAACUAUAUCACCAACUCGAGAAUCCCGUCCGCGCCAUAGCGAUGAUGGCUGUCGCUGUUCUCCUUGGCACUCCCAAAUACAGCAACCCAAAAACUGCACUUAGCAGUUUGAAGACUUUUCUGGAGAAACAGCAGGAGGUGGUGGGAGAACUUGGAAUUGGCGUCUGCCCUCAUAUGGUAGUACCUGCCAUUGUAGAAAAUACGGUUCGAAUUAGCGUCAAUCAGUACCAUUGUGAUGAGAUAACGACACAGCAGCAGUGCCAGUUGGGUGGCGAGGCUGUGGAAACUGAAUGGCAGAAAGUGGAGGACAAACUGCGCUCACAUUACAAGGACCAAUUAACGGGUUCUCCGAUAGGAACAAGGCAGUGGGGUGCGGAAUUGUCGAAGUUUCGACAAAGUAGUAAGAGAGAUGGGAGUGGCAAGAAGAGCAUGCGUCGCUAUACGGUGAACCAAGAGGAGUCACUUCAGGUUAGUGUCAAACUGAGAAAUCCUAUUGGAAGCCACCUUACCGUGGAAAAUAUGUGUCUUUUAUUUGUUUCGAGGGAUGAACCUGCAAAACUCUGUAGGAGUUCUGAGUCACAGACGAUCGAGUUUGCGGCGGGGGCUUCUAGGACUAUAACACUCAACUUUACUCCACAGGCCGAGGGAACUUAUGUUAUAGUCGGUUUUGCUUGGGAGGUUAUGAGUUCGUUGGGCCAUUACUAUUUUGCAACUGAGGGUGCUAGCGGUGCUGCAAGCACAGAAGGCAACACCAGUAGUUCUAACAAUCUUGGGGGAUAUGUCGCUGGUAUGGGUGGUGGCUUGUUACUUGAGCACGCUAUGAACAACGCAACACCGGAGGUGGAGUCACCCGCAAACAUAGAAAUUGUUGUUGGACCACCCCAGGCGUGGGUUACCAUGCGGUUAGAACCCGAGCUUCCUUCUGUUUUGCGGGAUGGAGAGUAUUUUCACACGUUCGUUGUGGUAACAAAUAAUAGCACACAUGCGGAAGCACACAACGUUACACUUCAGCGUAGCGCAACAAACGCACAAGUGCUGUGGUUUGAAGAUUUUGGUUUGGAGCGAAAUAUCGAAGCCGAGGCAACCUUCAAUGUUGCCCAGGUGCUACAUCCCAAAGAAAGUGUGUCUAUUUCGCUGACAGUUCGAGGCCAACUUGGCCAUGGAGCCUCUCCUCGCUGUCGAAACAACAUUUUCUUGCUUGUGGGAUAUCUGGGAGGGCCUCCAACGACUCCAGGUCGGCAGGACGUGAAGGCGACUCCUAUAUCCCCAACUCCGUCCAACGCCACGGUGCCGUAUGUGCGACUCCAUCGUUUUGUGCGACUCAUUGCAGUUAAACGGACGAUUAUCCUCUCGUCAUUUGUUCUGGAACCAGUUAACUUGGCCUCAGCGACGUCUGCCUUGCAACUGACGGUGGCAAACGUUUCAGAUACCGCUGAGCAGCCGCUACGCGUUGUGCGGAUGACAGCGAUUCACAGACCGCGGUGGUACGUUGCGGCAAUCCACACGGGCGCGUUACUUGAAAAUGAUGCCGCCGGAUUGGUUGUGCCCAGUGGUGGAUCGUUUUGUUUACCACUCAGUGUCGCAGAUAAGGCUACAUUAUCGAGAGGAAAGGCGGGUUUAGGUUCUGCUGUUGGUAGUGACGGUGUUGCUGAUACUGCUCCUGAUGCCCAGCCAACCGCAUUUACGGAAGAGGAGUACAUUUCCCUCACUGUGACCCUUCCAUCCCCGGAUAAGUGUGCUCAAGUGGAGUCAAAGAUAUCGAGCAGCGUCAUAGGAUCGGCAAUGAGCACCUACUUUAUGCGAACAAGUAUUCGCGGAUCCGGAACCCUCGGUGAAAUCGCUGCAAACGAUGGUUUUGUUUUCUACGCAGACAAGGGGCCAGACGGUGAUCAACAGAAGGUGCCACGUGUAGACCCUGUGACACAAGUGGCCAUUGGCGAACCCUUCACUCCCAUAUGUGUAGCAGUGGCUUGGAUGCUGCAAGACGGCUCAGGCAGGUGUGGACAACUGUUCCACUUCGUAGACCCUGUCAGUUAUCUUAUCUCGGGUGGGCCACUGAGCAGCAAGGCUUAUGAGUUGCAGCAAGAGGAACUUUGUGAAGCUCUAGUGGAGAAUCGUUCGCUUCAUCCACGGCAAGCGGCUUUGCUUUACCACGUGGAGGCACCUCAUAGCGUGGAGUCUACCAAGGAACUUCCAGAUGCGGCACUCAUUCCAAUUACGGUGCAUUGUCGCUCACUCUCCGCGCACGUACUUCUUGUUACGCUAAAAGCGAAAACUAUGCCGGCGGCCGGCAUUGACAGGUCUGACUCACCUUCCCUAUUGUCACCAACGUUAAUGACCUUUGUUGGCAAAACAUCGUACAGUUUCCUCCUUCUUCCACAUGAGAACCACGCUGUGAAGUUUACCGCGUAUGUCUUUCAAUCAGGUUUGGUGCAGUGCAACGCCUUCCAUGUGAGCGCUAUGGCAUUGCGGUUGUGCCCAGCUGGUGUCGACACCUCAAGGUGGAAAUCGGGUAUGUCGGAGGCAGCGAUGAUAAGAUCCCUUCGCUAUUCCUCAUCUUCAACCACAUCUCUGCGGCAAGCGGAAUCUUUCCUGGGUGAAUUGAACACUGGUAGUAACAGCGACAUCACAGAACUUCCUGCGUCCAUGAGGUGCGAUGUGCAGACGUCUGUCUUUGGGUAUGCUGCUGCGGCUAUCGCACGUGUCUCUCUUGCAUCAUACUCACCGGAAGCUGUGAAGGCCGCGGCCGCCGCGGCAUCCGCUCGUAUGAAAGAGUACCGUGAUGACUUGAAAAGGUACGAGGAGUCUUGCAAGAGUUUCGAGCAUCGCCGUUCUGCGCUUUCCGCCUCAGGCCGCGUGCCAAACUCUGCGCAUGCUACGUACCACCCCGCUGCACGCCUUCUUUGUGAAGGUGCGGGGAACUGA